AUGUCGGAACCGCGGAUGGAGAGGGUCCAGCAGGCUCACAGAAGAGUUUUUCUCAACGACCUCGACUCGUACUCGUCCGGGAACAUCGCCAAGUUCCUGUGUGAGUGCACGGCGGGGGCAGCAGCUGAGGAAGAGGAGCGGGAUGAGGAAGAGGAGUCCCCGCACUCGAACCGACCUGCAGCCUUCCAGGUCGUCGGAACCGUCUCCGGUCGGUCCAGUGUGGUCAGGCCGCACGUGCACGAGGAAUACUUGCUUCCUGACAGGAGAGAGCUGCUGUCCAAGCUGAUGACGUGUCAUGUCGUCAUCUACAACAUCAGCCAGGGUCCCGAGCAGGUGGAGGAAGCUACCUGGGCGGUUACAGCUCUCCAUGAUCAAAUAGACCGUUUUUCUGGGCCAAAGCUCUUCAUCCUCAUUUCCACAGUGAUGACCUGGACCUCCAGCAAACCUUUAGAUCCUGACGAUCUGGAGCUUCCAUUCACCGAUGAGAUCUUCUGGAUCAGACGAGGUCAUCCCAGCUUCCAGCAGCACAUGGACCUGGAGAAGAGGGUGGUCACAUUAGGCAAAAGUAACCGAGCCCGGCUCGCCACAUACGUGGUGGCGUCAGGACUGCAGUACGGGAUGGGAGAGCAGAUCUUUCACUUCUUCUUCAAGAAAUCGUGGCUGGGACAGGAUCAGGAAAUACCCGUGUUUGGAGAUGGGCAGAACAUCGUUCCAACGAUCCACAUCAGUGACCUGGCCAGAGUUCUGCAGAACGUGAUCGAACACCAGCCUCGGCCGUACUACCUGCUGGCUGUGGACUCGUCCCGGAACAGAAUGGAGGAAAUCGUGAAGGCGAUCUCCUCAGCUCUAGGACCAGAAAAGAUCCAGAAAAGACCAUUUGAGGACAUCUACCUCAUUAAGGACAUGAGUGUGAUCGAAAUUGAUUUCCUGCGGGUUGACCUGCGGAUGGAGGCCGUCCACAUCAAGAAGCUGUUCUCCAUCAGCUGGCUGUGUGAGUCUGGCCUGGUGGACAACGUGGAGCUGGUGGUGGAGGAGUACCGACAGAACCGGGGUCUGCUGCCCCUCCGGCUCUGUGUUCUGGGUCCUCCUGCGGUGGGGAAGAGCACGGUGGCCAAACAGAUCUGUGAGCGCUACAAACUCCAUCACAUCAGGCUGAACGACGUCGUCUCUGAGGCCAUCGCUCAGCUGGAAAGCUUUGUGAAGAACUCAGAUCCAGAUGUGGAUGUCAACGCAGCCGAGGCCCAGGAUCUUCUCAUCAGGCUGAAGGACAAAGAGGACAACUUUGAAGAGCAGAUCAAGGUGUUGAAGUAUAAGUUGAUGUCUAACCCGUGCAGAAACCAGGGGUUUGUUCUUGAUGAUGUCCCCUGCACGUAUGAACAAGCCAAGGAGCUUUUCAGCGAGGACUUGGAGGAUGUGCCUUCAAGCAGCCGGAGGAUCACGCCAGAGUUUGUUUUGUGUCUGGAUGCAUCCGACUCGUUUCUGAAGGAGCGAGUGAUCAAUCUGCCCGAGCGCCUGGUGCAGGAGCUCGACUACGAGCCCGAGCACUUCCUGAGGAGGCUGGCGGCCUACAGAGAGAGCAGCACAGAGGACGAAUCAGUCGUCAACUUCUUUGCAGAGCUGGACAUCACCCCUCUGCACCUGAGUAAUCUGAGGCUGAAUCCUGUGUCCUCUGUUGUUUAUCCAUAGUGUUGGUUCCAUCGUGUUCAUGAAUGUGUUCCAGAGGUCACCAGCAGUGAGGAGCAGGACAGUUGGCUGCUGAUGCAGAACAUCUGUGACACUUUGGGCCCCCCAAGGAUACAUGGCCCCAGCAGUCAGGAGGUGGAAGAGGAGGAAAGGAGGAAGACUGAGGAGAAAAUGAGGAGAGAGGCUGAAGAGAGGGCCGAGGAGGAGCAGAGGGAGGAGGAGGAGGCCAGGGCCAGGGCUACACACUGGGAGGAAUGGACCCAGAGUUUGGAGGAGGUGAGGCUGCAGGACAAGCAGCAGCUGGAGGAGCAGACGGUCCUGAUGAGGAGCUACCUGACGGAGCACGUGAUGCCCACACUGACCCAGGGUCUGAUUGAAUGCUGCAGAGUUCAGCCACCGAACCCAGUGGAGUUCCUGGCAGAGUUCCUGUUCAAGAACAGCCCCUUCGAGUACCCAAAGUAA